ACCCUCCACUCUUCACGAUAACAAAACUGGUGUGGCACGCACGCAGUGCGCUUUGAAGUGGGACGUUUUGAAAAGGAUUCUGUCUAAAAUCAUCACCUUAAUGUCGACUCGGCUGGAUAUUAACACACCGAUGCUAUGGUUACCUUUAUUACGAUCUUACAGGUGAAUCUAGUGAUGUCCAUCCUGUUGUCCGUCAUGUUCCUCGCAUACCUCUACGGUAUCCAGGCAACCAAUAUGGACCGGCAGCAGCCAACCCAGGACCCUCUCAACUCCCUCAUCAUCAAGCUGCUUCAGGCUGACCUGACCAGGGACCGAACCCGACAGGGCCAGGACCAGGGCCAAUGGGACCACCAUGGGGAGGGCCGGGACAAUGAGCCCCAGGAUAAGCUACCCCCACUGGGCCUGCCAGGCCCCAACAGCCCCUUAGACGACCCGAUCUCCCCGGCCAGGUGGCGCUCGAGCUCCGUCUCCCAGCCCCUCACCUCCCUGUCCUCAGAACUGCUGACGCAGCACAAACGCUACAACUCCCCCCGGGUGUUGCUUAGCGACAGGCUGCCCCUCCAGCCCCCGCCCCUUUACCUCAUAGACGACUACACGGGCAGCUCGGACGGCGCCAACCACACAGGCGUCCGCAAGAAGCGCUACGCCGAGCACAAGAGCUACCGCGGCGAGUACUCGGUGUGCGACAGCGAGAGCCAGUGGGUGACGGACAAAACCAACGCGGUGGACAUCAGGGGACGUCACGUGACGGUGCUGGGACAAAUCAAGACCAGCGCCACGGCGGAGGUCAAACAGUACUUUUAUGAGACCAAGUGUCGGACUGCCAAGCCCUUCAAGAGCGGCUGCCGGGGCAUCGACGACAAGCACUGGAACUCGCAGUGCAAGACGUCGCAGACGUACGUGCGCGCGCUCACCCAGGAGAAGACGACGGUGGGCUGGCGCUGGAUACGCAUCGACACGUCCUGCGUCUGCGCGCUGUCGCGGAAACACCGCCGGACGUGAGCACGGCCACGUG